AUGGAUCAAACUAUGAGAGUAGUUCCCCUUGGAAGUCACGUGAGAAAGCAUAAAUAAAAAAAAAAGUGCAGCCAUGAUGGAUGGAAUCGAUGACAGCCCUGACCUCCUGGCAGAGGAGCAGGAUAAUAAGACUCGAUCUGAUACAGUGGACCUGACAGACACUUCUCUAUUGGUGGACAUUUCAGAUGCUUUGAGUGAACGCGAGAAAGUCAAAUUCACUGUUCAUACCAAGACCACACUCCAGCAGUUUAAAAAUUCAGAAAUGUCUGUCGUGAGACAACAUGAGGAGUUUGUCUGGCUACAUGAUCGGUUUGUUGAAAAUGAGGAAUAUGCUGGCAUUAUUAUUCCGCCAGCACCGCCAAAGCCUGACUUUGAUGCUUCAAGAGAGAAACUACAAAGAUUAGGUGAAGGUGAGGGUACAAUGACCAAGGAAGAGUUUACAAAAAUGAAACAGGAACUUGAGGCAGAAUAUCUGGCCACUUUCAAAAAGACUGUUGCCAUGCAUGAAGUAUUCUUACAGAGAUUAGCUGCUCACCCAGUUUUACGGCAUGAUGUUAAUUUUGAAGUGUUUCUCCAGUAUGCAGGAGAUAUGAGCUGUAGAGGUAAAAACAAGAAAGAAAAACUGGGUGGCUUCUUUAAAAGUAUUACCAAGACUGCAGAUGAGGUCCUUAUAUCUGGGCAGAAAGAUGUUGAUGAAUUUUUUGAGUCCGAGAAAGUAUUUCUAAUUGAGUAUCAUAACAAAAUCAAAGAUGCAACUAGUAAAGCUGAUAAAAUGACUAAAGUUCAUAAAAAUGUUUCAGAUUCCUAUAUCCAGAUAUCAACAGGUUUAGUGCAAUUAGCCACAAUAGAGAACACAGAGUUAGACAAAGUGUUCAGUAAAGUGGCUGAAGCUUUAGAGAAAGCUCGUAAAUUAGAAGGCCGUGUUGCCUCUGAUGAAGACUUAAAACUAAGUGACACAUUGCGUUACUACAUGCGUGAUUCGAUGGCUGCCAAGGACCUGCUGUACCGGCGAAUGAGAGCUCUGGUGGACUAUGAGAAUGCCAAUAAAGCCUUAGAGAAAGCUAGAACAAAAAACAAAGAAGUUGCUGCUGCAGAAAAGACACAAGACUUGUGCUGUAAAAAAUUUGAAAAGAUUUCAGAAGUAGCUAAAAAAGAAAUUCAAGAGUUUAAAACAAGGAGAAUAGCCUAUUUUAGAAAGCAUCUGGUUGAAUUAGUGGAGCUAGAAAUUAAACAUGGCAAAGCUCAGGUACAACUGCUUAAAAACUGUAUAACAGCACUGCAGGAAAAAGAGGAAUAGACUGUGAACACUAGAUGACAUAGACUACUGUUGCAUACAAAAAAUAUUCACUUAAAUUUGCAGUGAAAUACAAACAAAAAAAGUUGAAUCAACUUUUCCCCUUUAUUUGUGUGUCAGUACCUAAACAAAUGUUGAGGAGGAAGAACCAGUGAUGAUGAUGAUGCUGCAAGAAUUGAUUUUUAUGUAUUUGUGCAUAUUCAUGUCUGUGCCUAAACUACGCUCAGUGGAUAUUGGUUUUAGUUGGAUAAUUGGAAAAUCUACAAUUAAGUAUUACUUAUUACAAUUACAGUUUAUGAAUAUUAGUUGGCUUCAAACGGUAUACUUGUGUGAAAAAAAAUAAUUCUAAACAUAAAGCAUUUUUGUAUGCUCCCCCCACCCUUUUUUUUUCUUCUUACAAAUUUGUUAAACAAAUUUGUAAGCAUUCUGCACUUAUACACUAUACAAAAGAGAUUCAUAUAUAUAUAUAUAUCCUUCUGGUUCCACCUUCUUCUUUACCCAAUGAUAAAUUCAGUUCUAUCCUUUUGUAUGUGAUUAAUUAUUUUUUUGAUGGAGGUUUCUAGAAUUACAAGCUCUAUCUUGAGUUUUGUAUAUUUUGUCUCUAGACUCUGGAUAGCUUGUUCAUCUUUACAUUCCAGGAAUACUUCCGUGUUUUAAUUAAUAUCAACUUGUAGCUGAUUAGUUUUUAAGAAUUAUCUUUAAAUUUAAAUUAUUAGGGUUUUAUUUCAUGUCAGAAUAAUGGAUGCCCAUGUGUGUGUUUUUUGUUAUGAAAGUUUGAAAGUGAAUUGGAUGUGAUGCUAGACUGCUUAUUUUCUUAUGAACAAAAUAUUUAUUUGUAUUGUUAUAAGAUUUUAGCAUGUUGUCAAUUUUUUAAUGAUCAUAUUUUGUAACUUAUUUCUGUUUUUUUUUUUUAAAACUGGACUGGUGGGGGCUUUUUUUUUUUUUUAAACCUAAAAUAAGGACACAACAAACAGUUCUUAAUUCUGUUUCCUGCUUGCUAUUUUAUCACAUCACUUGCACCUUGUUUAGAUCUCAUUAUGCAAAUCUUUUUUUUUUCUUCAAAUCUUUACUAGUCUUGAUUGUAAAAAUUAAAAUUGUUUUUUUUUCCUUUGAGUUCUGAAGCUGUAUUCAAUAUAAGGUACAAGGCUGCACAGAUUGUCUCUAAAACUGUUUUGAACACAUUGUUGGAUCUUAUCAUUUUGAAAUAAUACAAGCUAAGGCAAUUUUAGUCUAACAAUUACUUUCAUUUUUUUUUUUUUUUCAAAAGUAAUUUUUUAACAAAUUUUUUUUUUGCUUUUGUUCAUUACCACCAAUGAGUUCGUCCUAGACAAUGAAAUGUUGAAGUGAUGCUGUUUAGGCCUUUGUCAUUGCCAUCUAAUUGUAACUUUGAAGCACAAUUCUUUGUUCCAAAAAGUCAUUGUUUUUGUAUACUGUUAUACAAUGUUUUCCAAGACAUGUUUCCCAGUUAGUAGGGCUGUAAAUACUGUCCUGAAUGGCUGUGUAAUAGCAUUGCAAGUUGUAUCUUUGAUUCAACUCUUAGUGUCUAUUUAUUGUUUCACAUUAUGGAGAGCUUGCACACUAUUUAUUAUUUCAAUUCUUAUAGUCAUUACACUCAGUUGUCUAUUUAGAGUGCAAGAAUUUUCUUUCAGUCUUACAAUGACCAAGUAUAUUAAUAUGUUUUAAAAAGUCACACAAGUGUAAAUGUACACAAAAACUCAAGAAAUUACAAUUUUCACAAAGUUUUUACUUUUCUCAGUUGUGGUUUAAUAUUUUAGAAAGAACAUUUAAUAUACUAGUUUUUUGCCGCAUCACCAUAUUGAUUUGAAGAGGAAAACCAUAUGUAAUUAUGUACUUUAGAGAUUACUGAAGUAACUGUUACAAAUCAAAAAAAUUAAAACACACCCAAGAGGAGGUAAAAAUAUGAAAUCAAUUUUAAUCAAUAACUCAAUAGAAUAAAUUAAUAUACUGAAGAAGUAAAUCAAUUUUGAAGCUUUUUAAAGUUUUGUCCUUGAAAAAAUUUAGUUGUAUGGUUUAUAUGGUCAUUACGGAUGGUCAAAUAUUUCUAAUGGUAGACAACUUGUGAUAAAAUGUCUGCAUUUGAUUGUUCCAUUUUGAUACUUAGUAACAUUACAAUGUUCAUGUGUAAUUAUUUUUAUUUACAUAAAACUAUUGCUCCAAUUAGUUCAUGAUUUCAACCAUUACAAUUGAUAAUAAAAUGUGUUGAGAUUUGA